UGCUGCCAUCGAGUCAUCACUCGUGUAGUCGUGUUCCAAUUUUUGUCGCCACACCUUCGUUACCCCUAAGUCAAUCAAAUUAUUCAUCCACCUCCUGGAAAAUAAUUGAGCUUAGUCCACUCCCUAUCUUAAGCCCUCCACACCAAAACAGAGCAUCAGCGGCAGCAGACGGAGGAGUAAAGGUUCGUCUCCAAUGUACAUGGCUUCAACGGCGCUGCACCAGCUCUUGCUGCUCCUGCUCGUCGCGGCCCUGCCGGCGGCCAUGUCCUCGUGCGCCGGCGAGGACUUCCCGUCAGGGAGGAGCUACGUGACGUGCGAGGACCUUCCCCACCUCGGCGCGGCGCUGCACUGGACCUACGACGCGUCCGGGCCCUCGCUGUCGCUGGCGUUCGUGGCCGCGCCGGCGGCGCCCGGUGGGUGGGUGGCGUGGGGCAUCAACCCCACCGGCAGGGGCAUGGUGGGCGCGCAGGCGCUCGUGGCGCUCGCGGGCGGCGCCGCCAAUUCAUCCGCGCCGGCCGUCGUCAGGACCUACAACAUCACCGGCUACUCGCCGCUCGGCGACGCCUCGACGCCCAUCGCGUUCCCGGCUACCGGCCUCGCCGCCGACGUGGGCGGCGGCGGGAAGGUCCGGCUGUACGCGACGCUGCGGCUGGGCAAGGGGGUGAAGAAGGUGGUGAACCACGUGUGGCAGGUCGGGUCCUCCGUGACCAGGGGAGCGCCCGACAUGCACGCCAUGGACGCCGACAACCUCGCUGCCAUGGGCAAGCUCGUCCUCUCCGACGGGGCCGCGGCGAGCGCUCCAGCGCCCGCCGGCGGCCCGUCCAGCUCCGGUGGCCGUAACGGCGACGGGUCGCCGUUAAGCAGGCCGAUCUCAGGGGCGGCACACACUGCCGGGGUCUCGGCGCCGGAAGUCGUCGGACUGGCGGUGCUUGGCUUCUUGACGAUUCCAUGGUAGGAUAGAUGCUGCUGUAAACCAUGUCAUUCGUUUUUGUGUGUGUGUUUCACUGUCUUCGUUGAUUUCAAAUUUUUUCAGACUAUGAUGAACAGAAAAACUCAGAAAACACUGCUAUACUCUGUUUUGGAAUGACACAUGUAGUUGAUCAA